UUUCUUCGUCUAACGAAUUAUUUUGAUUGAUAUACUAAACACCAUUUUUGAAAAAAGUAACGCUGUGAAAUGAAAAAAGGAAAGAAAAUUGUUAUUUCGUUUUUAUUGUUAUUUUUUAUAAAUGUUGUACGUAGUGAUAUGUUUUAUAGUCUCGUAAAUCGAGAGGAUCCUUGUAUUAAUUUGUGUGAAAAAACACCGUUAUCUUUCACAAAUAGUAAAUAUGUCAAGUCAUGCUGUCAACGAGGAUGUAGAUUCUUCAAUUUAGUAGACUUACAUUAUGGAUUAGAACCAAACAGCUUAAAUGGUACCAGAGAUGCCUGUGAAGCUUCAUGUACAGAAGCAUACACAGCACCACAAGAUCGCUAUGCAUGUAGCACUGGUUGUGGUUUCAUGGCCAAACAGCGUGUUUCAGAUUUAUUAUCACUUUUUUCUGUUGCCGUCUAUGUAGAAGAAGGAGUAGACCCUAACAUACUUUUAAUGUCACCUGAUAUACCUGAAAAUGACAUUUUAAGUGAUCCAGGUCUGCGAAAGGAACUUCUUCCAGGAUGGUGGGAUUUCAAUGGAUUUAAAUUGCCACAAACAUAUAUUAAAACUGUUCCAUUAGAUGCUGGGACAGUGGAUUAUGGUGUACCAUCAGACUACUCUGGAGAAAGUGACCAAUCAGCUUCAGUACCUGGAUCUGAUUGGCUUCAAUGCGCUUCAAAACAUAUUGGACUACCACAUUGGCUUUUAGCUAAUGCUAUUGCAGCUGCAGCAUUGUCUGCAUUUUGGUUAUGUUUAUACCCAGAAAAACCUAAUGAUUCUUAUAAAGAAAUAGUUAUUGAAAAGUCUGAUAUUUCUCCAACAGUUUCACUGUAUGUACCAGAAGCACUAGUGCAUAAACAACCUCCUCCUAAAUAUUGUGAUAGUGUAGAUCCAGCAGAAACUAAUAUGAAAGUUUAG